CCCCUCCUUGAAUUUUUCUCAUUGUGAAGUCUUCAAUUCCUUCUUUGUUUUCCUUUAAAUUUAUUCAUCAAUGGCAUCUACCAAAGUUAAGAUUCCCACCAUAGAUUUUUCUAAUGAAGAACUAAAACCAAACACUCCAUUAUGGGAAUCCACAAAAGUUCAACUUUUUGAAGCUUUCCAAGAAUAUGGUUGUAUUGAAGCAAUAUAUGGUGAAAAUCCAAAUGAAAUUAGAGAGGGUAUCUUUGAUAUUGAAAAAAAAAUAUUUGAAUUUCCCUUAGAGACAAAAAUGAAAAAUCAUUCAGAAAUACCAUUACAUAUUGGCUACAUAGGGCAAAUUCCACACUUGCCAUCUUAUGAGAGUUUGUGUAUUCCUAAUUUCCUUGCUCCUCAAAGUGUUGAAAAUUUUGCUAAUAUAUUUUGGCCUCAUGGUAAUCCUGAAUUCUGCAAUUUGGUCAAAUCUUAUGCAAAUUCACUUCUGAAAUUGGAUGAAAUGAUAAAAAGGAUGAUUUUGGAGAAUUUGGGAUUAGAAAAGCACAUUAAUGAAUUAUUGGAUAAUUUUGUCCUAUUUAGAUUUACCCAUUACAAGGGAACAUUAUCUAUUAAUAAAGAUGAAAAUGAUAAAUACGAUGGAUUGGGUGCCCAUACAGAUAAUAACUUCUUGACUUUUAUAGCACAAAAUCAAGUCAAUGGAUUGCAAAUCAACAAAAAUGGAGAGUGGAUUAAUGCCACUAUUUCACCAAAUUCUUUUGUUGUUCUGUCUGGUGAUUCCUUUAAAGCAUGGACAAAUGGUCGAUUGCAUUCUCCCCUCCAUAGGGUAGCAAUGCCUAGAGAAAAUGAUAGACUCUCCCUUCAAUUUAAUACAUUAUCAAAACCAGGUCACUUCAUAGAGGCCCCAAAAGAACUAGUGGAUGAAAAACACCCUUUACUCUUCAAGCCAUAUGAAAUGCAUGGAUUAUUUAACUAUGUUGCUUCAAACCCUGGCACUCCUAAUGCUUUCCAGGCUUAUUGUGGUGUUUGAUAUUAUAAAGUCAAUUUUUUGAUGAACAUUUUUAUCGGAGUAUCGCUAGCAUAUAUGGAAUUUCUGAUAAAAGAUUCGUCGAAGAUGUCUUGAACAAGCCAUCAUUUCGUUUGGAAUUUGUGUUUUUUUUUCCUAGUGUGUAUCUUAUGUUUGAAUGGUUGUCGUUCUUUAGCUUUUGCGUUCUAUGUUUUAUGUAUAAUGAAAUAAAAAAAAUGUGAAUUUCUAAUGAAUGUUCCUGUCCGAAUACCAUUAAUAUAUAUGGGAUUUCUGAUAGAAUGUUUGUAGAAAUUCGUGUUUUUUUUAAAUGGUGCUUAUCUUAUGUUUGAAUUGUUAUAUUAUUAAGUAUUGACAUUUUAUGU